UCCUGUUGACAACCCCAUCCCUUCCUCCUCUCUCCCCUCCGCUCUUUCUUCUCUGUCUGCUCCCUCCUCUGCUCCACAACAGUACAGUACACACUCGUAGUGGCAGCAAGCACCACGAGCGUGUGCUGCCUCUCCUCGUAGCCUCAGUUUCGGCUCUCUGUAAACUGGCCGUUUAUCAUCAAUCAUGGCCGCCGGAGUCCAAAUUUAACUCCCAUCUUUCCUCCCCUGUCGUCGAGACUUAAAAAGGGGGGAAGAGUCCUUGCUUGGAAGAAGCCAUACAUCAGUUUUCACGCUGAUUUUGGAUUUCCUUUUGGAAAUACAAAACAUCUCACAAGGGAAAUACCAUUCAUGUCAAGCCUCCAAAAUGCAGCCGCCGCCAAGGAAGGUCAAAGUGACGCAGGAGCUCAAAAACACUCACACGGAGCAGAUGACAAGACUGCACUUUAAGCAUCAGACUGAAUGUGACCUGCUGGAAGACAUGAGGAGCUACAGCCUAAAGAAGGGACAGCUGGAGCGAGACUAUGCUCAGGCUCUGCAAAAAUUAGCAAGUCAGUACUUAAAGAAAGACUGGCCUGGAAUCAGCCCUGAUGACCAGAGAACAGACUACAGAAAUGUGUAUGCAGUGUGGAGGGCCUACUUGGAGGGUACGGUUCAGGUGAGCCAGUCCAGACUUAAUGUAUGUGACAACUACAAGAGCCAAGUCUCAGAGCCAGCCAAGACCGUUAGACUCUACAAGGAACAGCAGCUCAAAAAGACCAUCGAUCAGUUGAGUUGUGUUCAAGCAGAGCUGCAGGAGUCUGUGAAGGAGUUGGCAAAAGCAAAGAAAAAAUACUACGACUGCGAGCAGGUGGCCCACGCUGUACGGGAAAAGGCUGACAUUGAGGCCAAGUCCAAACUGGGACUUUUUCAAUCAAGAAUUAGUUUACAGAAAGCAAGUGUAAAGUUGAAAGCUAAGAGAAGUGACUGUAACGCCAAGGCGACACAGGCCAGGAACGACUACCUGCUAACGCUAGCUGCUGCAAAUGCUCAUCAUGAUCGCUACUAUCACACAGAUCUACUGCACUGCAUACAGGCCUUGGAUGGAAGGAUCUAUGAGCAUGUAAAAGACUACCUGGUCGCCCUGUGCCGCACUGAGCAGGAGGCCUCACAGGCUACACACACCACCUACCAGUUCCUUUUAGAAAAAUCCACCAGGAUAAUACAAGAGUUCAAUCAGCAGUUGUUCAUGCAAGAAAAUCCUGUGUUUCACAAAGCACACGACUUCCAGUUCCAGCCCAGUGAAUACGACAUGACUCUGGGCUCGGUGCAGCAGUUGGUGGACAUUGAGCCAUCGCCCGUCAGUGCCAUGAGAAUGACCCUGGCAGAGAGCCGUCAGCUAGAAUCAGAGUCUGGGACGACCGAGGAGCACAGCCUUAACAAAGAGGCCAGAAAAUGGGCAACCAGAGUGGCCAGAGAGCACAAGAACAUCAUUCACUAUAAGAGAUCUCUGGAGGAGUGUGAGAGUCAUGGCCUUCCUCCUACUGAGCAGGGCAGACUAGACCUGGAGCUGAAGAUAGAAGACACCAAAGAGAUGAUGCGCAAAGCCGAGACAAUAAAGUUGAAAGCCGAGGCUCGCCUGGAUCUCCUUCGCCAAGUGGGUGUGGCUGUGGAUACCUGGCUGAAGAGUGCCACGAACCAGGUGAUGGAGGAGCUGGAGAAUGAGCGUUGGGCCAGUUACACUUCCCACGAUCCCUCACUGUCGGGCACGGUGGACUUGGAGCGUGAAGAGGGUGAGGAGUGUGAAGAGAAUAUGGAGGUUUUUGAUGACAGCAGCUCCAGUCCUUCGGGAACUCUCCGCAACUACCCGCUAACCUGCAAAGUGCUUUACUCGUACAAGGCGUCUCAGCCAGACGAGUUAACCAUAGACGAACAGGAGAUGUUGGAGGUUAUUGAGGAUGGAGACAUGGAGGACUGGGUUAAGGCACGCAACAAGACAGGUCAAGUAGGUUACGUCCCAGAGAAAUACCUGCAUUUCCCAGCGUCCAACAGCCUCCUGAGCAUGCUCCAGUCUCUGGCCACGUUGGAUGCUCGAUCGCACACCUCAUCCAAUUCAACCGAACCAGAGCUGCAUUCGGGCUGCAUCAACGGAGACGCAAACACUGUGUUUGUCCGGGCGCUUUACGACUACGAAGGCCAGGCAGACGAGGAGCUUUCCUUCUGCGAGGGAGCCGUGAUCCGGCUGCUGAGCCGAGACACGCAGACGGACGACGGCUUCUGGGAGGGGGAGCUGAACGGACGGGUGGGAGUUUUCCCUUCUGUGUUGGUGGAGGAUCUCAUGGAGAAUGGGGAGACGAUCGGGGGAGGGUCAGGUGACACACAGAUUUCUCCUCCUUCAAAGCUGCCAUCAUCCCUGCCGCCUUUGCCGCUGUACGACCAACCUCCCGUCAGCCCUUUCACCAGCCCAGAGACCUCCACCCCCCCUCCUCUGCCACGUUCACCCUCUGCUGCUCUUAAUGGGGAGCACAAGCUUCCACUGCCAGCCUCCUCACACAAAGGACAGCUGUCCUCUCUCAAUCAAAGCUCUGGCAGGAGUCCAGUUUCUCCAGGAUUUGUUCAGACUCGGUCGCUGCGGUUCACAACUGAAGGAGGUCCCGGAAAACUACGACCGGUGCGAGCCGCUCCCCCUCCCCCCAAACAGCACCCCCGACGGCAGCAGGAGAAGAGCGACAAGAUGGAGGAGGUGGAAAUCACACUGGUGUGACAGACAGGUGCUACAGGUGUCAAAGAUAAAAAGGGAUGAGAACCAAGACCUUGAAGGAGGGGAGGGCAUAACUAAAGUGAUGUGAACUAAAUGAAACCACGUUGACCCCCCACCCCCCGGCUGCUCUUCAUCUUUAAUUUGAAGAGGAGAGCAAAGAGAGACCGUGGACAAUCAGACAACCUCCUGAUGGGCUUCCUAACGAAGUGCAGAAGGAGUUCCUGUUCAUCCUUUCCUGUUCUUCCAAUCCGGCCUUACAACCUCAAGCCACUGGGCGGCAAACCGGAGCGUCGCUAGCAGGAGGAGAAACGCUGUGGAAGGGGGAUUCUGUUAAAUGCUCAGAGAUGGGUUUGUGCUGUUAAGCUCUGUAUCAGAUAAGUAGGAUAAUUCUGUUCUUCUGCACUUUUUAAACAAUUAUUCUCAAAGCACCAGUCCAGUUUGGAGCUCUAAGUUAACAAAAUGUAGUCAAAGCUAAUCAACUGAACAAGAAAAUAUUUUUCCCUCACGCACACUGAAAACAUGCAGAGCAGCCGAUAUGAUUUUUAAAGUUAAUUCAUUAUUGCAGCAACACUCUGGAAAUUUCUGCUAAAUAACAAAAGUAUUUUUAAAACCUAAACAUGUUUUUGAAGAAAUAACUACAUGUAAUUUUUGCAGGAUUGGAAGUUUAGGGUCAAAAGUUAAUAAAACAUUAUAGAAAUAUGUGGCUCCUAUAGAGCACAGACACGUGAACUAGACCUAACCUGGCUCCAGCUGCUUAAAAAAUACUUCCACGUCACAUCCUCAUCACUUCUGCUACAUUUUGGGAGUGUUGAAGCUUUAUGAAACUUUAUGAAAAAGAUAAAAAGUAAGAAAAACUUGCAGAGUUUGUUGUGUUUUAAGAAGCAGGGGUGUGUCCACAAACAGCAUCCUGGGUGCAGCGCCCCCCUCCUCAGCCCUCCCUUCACCAUAUACGGUCAUUACCAUUAUAUGUAAUUAAUGUGUAUUAGUACAGUACAUUACUGUUGUCAUAGGAAUGUUUAUGCACAUGGUUUCAUAUGAACAAAAUCAGAUGAAUGGAAAGCUCUGAUAGUGAAAGUUUUAUCUUCAUCUUAUUCUGAAAGGGUGUUGUAAAUACAGCAGGAAACAGGAAGAGGAGGGGAGGAGGAAAAACAGGAGCUGAUGGAGGCUGGAUCCUCUUCUCUCUUGUUUAUUCCUCUCCUCCCAUCCCUACUUUUUAUCUCUCCAUCUUCUGUCUGUCGUUGGGCAGUCGGUGUGACCCGGUGGUUAUAACACACAUGCAGUUACAGAAUAUUACACACGUUAUACCUUCUCUUUCUCCUUUAUUAGUUAAAGAAAGCUGCUGCUGCUGCUUUGAAACGCACAGAGAUGGUUCAUCAUACGGCGAAAGAAACAACUUUAAACUAUUAAAGUGUGUUUAGGGUUGUAAACAUCCAGAAAAGUCAUAUUUCCUUCAUUCAUUCAUCUGUUCUUGUUUACCCGAUGUUACAUUUGCAGGUUUUUUAAAUCUAUAAAUAGAACUAGAAAAUGAUACUCAGAGAUGUUUCUGUUGUGUGUUUUUACUCAAAGUAAAUACAUCCCAUCCCUGAUGUACACGUGGAGCCUUUAAAACUCCUUGCCUAAAGGGCAGCGUAGCACUUUUAUUUAUUUGUACCUUCCCUAGAAAGUAGCAGAAGUCUCCGGUGGCGUCAGCAUGGACAAAAAAAAGAGCCGUUGAAGUGUUGUUUUUUAACACUGGCGCUUUCUGAUAUCUUACAAAAAUGUGUCACUCUUUAAAAAUAAACAGAUGACUGAAAUGUGUCAUUUGAUGUUUUACUUUAUUUAUGGAAAAAAGGGGUAAAAAAAAGACUUUUUUUAUUCUGUUGUGCUGAGGAAGGUCUGGCUGAGUUGCUUAAAUCUGGAGAUUUGUCCCAAUCGUUUCUGACCUCCGGCAUUUUCUCUCUGAAUUAUACAAAAGGAAACAGUUUUACUUUGAAAAGCUGUGCAAUGAGACAUCAGAGGAACAAAACCAUCUAAAGGUUAAAUGUGAUAAAAAUGAAAUUCAAAAACUUUUCCAUUAUAAAGUUUUUAAUUUUAGAUUUUAUUAGCGAGGAUCUGAACAUUCCGUGUUACUGAAACUGAUAUUUAUUAAAUCCUGGAACUAUUGGAGUGUAUUUAAUCUGGAAUUGAUCUAGUUUCCUGUUUGCAAUGAAAAUAAAACUAAACAGCAGAUUCUCCUUGAUCUUAUUUAUUAUAAUUUGAAACUUUACUUUUGUUUGGAGCCCAGAAUGUUCCAUCACAGAUCCAUCGGUCUGUCUCUCUAUUGUUACUUUUAGGACCUUUUUUCUCCAUUUCCCCCUUUACCUAAGACAGCUGUCCCUUUUCAGCAUCUCGUUAAUCCACCACAGUGUUUAAUUAUCUGUUAUUUUGGCUUUUUAUAUUUUUUACAGUUAGAUGUGGUGGAACAACAGGCCUUCUCGCUCUCUUUUCAGAUUGUUGCCAUAGUGACAAAAAUGAGAGUCAGCAUAUUGUUAUUGGCUGUACAAAAAAUAAAGUUUGUAUUUAUUGUGUACAAAAGUUAAUUAAUAAAAAUUAUUAAAAGCU